GGAGCUGCCGCCCGCGGCGCUACUGCAGAUGAUGCAGAUCAUGUCCUCCCACGGCGCCCCAGACCAGCUGCGCAGUGAGCCCCUGCUCGCCGCAGUGGACCGCGCACUCAGCUGCCGGCCCGCCUGGCUGCUGCGACACCCGCAGCAGUUGCGCAGCCUGAGGGAGGCGUACGGCAGGAUGCUGCGGCUGCAGGGGGGCGGCGGCGGGGCGGCGGCGGUGCUGGAGGAGCUUGCGGCGCGGGAGGAGCAGCUGGGGCAGAAGGCGGAGCUGAGGAGGGAGCGAAGGAGCAGGCUGAUGGAGGUGGCGAGGGAGGGGGAGAGGCAGGGGGGAAGGGGGAGGCGGGGAGGUAGGGGAGGUAGGGGAGGCGGAGGGUGGGAGCGGCGUGGAAGAGGAGGCUUGGGGAGGGAGGGAAAUGUGGGGAAUGGUACGCGUGGCGUGUUGCAAGGGAGAUAGUGCUAUCUGGGUCCGCGUGAGGAGGAGGGGGUUGCUCCGAAAGGCGUGCAAUGGCGUGAGAGCGCGGUGGGCUGUUAGCGGCUUGGGGUGUAAUCAGUGUGUGUGUGUUUUUAAAUACGCCGAGAUGCACGAAAGGAUUAAAGAAGUACCGAACCACAAGUGAGGGCACGAAGGGGUGUGCAUGAAGGGUUAUGAAAGUGUAUUCGGGGGUGCACCUCCUUUCACCUGGGCACUGCUUGUGUGGUGAGCAUCAUCCCGGGGAGGGGGCCAUCUGGCGGCUUAGCAGGUAUAAACGGCUGGAUAUUGCUGAGGGUUGAGGAGGCGGAGUGAGGGGUGAUGACAGUGAGAAGUGAGCGCACAUGCCGGGUAUGUUUGUAAGCCGCGUAACUGCCGAGUAUGUUCAGGGAAGGGGCCGCGAAGAGGAACCGCUGCGUAUGUGCACGCAGGGGACACCGGUUAUGGAAAGAAGCCCUGAGGAGUGCGUGCGGCUUGCAACCGCACGCAGUAUAUAACGAUUGCAAUUGCACUAGAGCCGGCUGCGAGCUAGCAACCUCCGCCGAGAUUUGUUUUAAAGCCUAAACUAGCG